GAGGGAUCAGGACUCAUCGCGCGAUCUUUUGCGCAGCGAAAACCUGCCUCCAAUCGAUCUCGAUCUCAGACAUCAAACCACAACAGGCAACAGCAAACCCUUGUUCACUCCGCAUCCUCACUUGUCUUGUUUGGGCAAACCACACCUCCCACCUUCCCGAGACGAUCUUCCCAACGCUCUUUCGUUCGCACAUUGUUAGAAAGAAUCAGAUUUUGUUUUUUUAAUUGAAAACAAUAUGAGUGACGAUGAAGACCCAGUUGGCGCAGACUCAGGAUUCGAUAAUUCCGGUGGUGUGUUUGACGGCAAUGAUGAAGAGCCGCAAACAGCUGAUGCCAGUACAGCAGGUGGUGAUGAUUGAUGACAAUGACAUGCAAGAGGAUGAAGAUGCAUUAGAUGUGACGGGGGAACAAAACGAGGGACCUAGUGGAGUGGCGGGCAUAGGAACAGGCGACGAUGGUGGCCCCGCCGCCGCGGCUUCGGAACGGAUCACAACGCGGUAUUUGACCAAGUACGAGCGAGCACGAGUGUUGGGGACUCGGGCCCUGCAAAUCAGCAUGAAUGCCCCUGUCAUGGUCGAUCUGGAUGGAGAAACAGAUCCCCUUCGAAUUGCCGAAAAAGAACUGAGAGAACGAAAAAUUCCCAUCAUUAUUCGACGGUAUCUACCCGAUGGAUCCCACGAAGAUUGGAGUAUCGAUGAACUCAUCGUGGAUUAAAUAAUAUUUUCCUCACAGCAACAAUUCACUUACGGUACCUUAUGCUUGGGCGACGAAUGAAACGAGUGACUCAGUCCAGGGGUUGAAUGGGCAUUGGAUACUGUUCGUCUCCGUGGUUGUAACGAUGUUGAAGACGGUACAAACACCGUGUCCAAACAAACAAAAAUUCGAUCCGUGGUCGCUGUCAUGAUUAUCUGUUUGGGCUAGUCAAAGAGAGUUGUGGGGAAUGAGAUGUUGUGUUGUGCUGUGCUCUUUCUACGUGGCCUAUCCUGUUUUGAUCUGAUAAGAUGAUCAUUCAGAACAUAUGCUUGAGAAAUUUGACGAAGGAAUGUUGUUCAACUACUAGCCAGCUUAAUUUUAAAGGCGAGCAUCGAUUUU